ACACAUUUUACUACACUGCACGAGAUUCUUUCACAGUGGAAAGUGUUUAGGAAAUACAAAGGGAUUUCCAAAGUCAUCCAACAGCAGCAGGUUUUCACAACUGGCUGUGAUUACAGAUGUUUUGAUCUUGAGACGUGCAACAUCCUCUACAAACAUAUAAGAUCACAUGGUGUCAAUUCUACAAGCUUAGAGCUGAAGUGUCCCUUGGUGAAAUCACAUGAGCUUAUUCUUCUUGGAAGACAACUUCAUCUGUAGACAAUGAUUUUAAUAGGACUGUUUGCCAUUCACCUACUUGCUUGCACCACUAGUGGUCUCCCUUUCUACAAUGGUUUUUAUUAUGACCAUAUCUUGAAUAACAAGACAGGCAAUGGAAUCGAAGAAGUUAUUCAUUUCAAUGGUGUGAAACUGGUGGUGAAUACACCAGAUGACGCCCUGUUUGGUUACCGUGGUGGUAACAUUACUCUCCCAUGUACAUUUCACUAUGAGCCAAAAUUAUCAUCUCCAAGAAGGCUCCGAGUCAAGUGGUCUAAAUUACACAAAGAUAACACUAAAGAAAGGGAUGUGAUGGUGGCAAUUGGGUUAAGACAUAGGAGCUUUGCAGAGUACAAAGGGCGGGUGCACCUUCAUCAGACUGUACCAAGUGAGGUGUCCCUUGUCAUCACUGACUUGCGGUUGGAGGAUUACGGAAAGUACAAAUGUGAGAUCAUUGAUGGGCUUGAAGAUGAAAGCGGAAUAGUGGAACUGGAGUUGAGAGGAGUUGUGUUUCCUUAUCAACCGCACCAUGGAAGAUACCAAUUAAACUUUCAUGAUGCCAAAAAAGCUUGUGAAGGACAGGACUCAAUGAUAGCUUCAUUUGAGCAGCUCUUCAAAGCGUGGGAGGAAGGCCUAGACUGGUGCAAUGCUGGUUGGGUGAUGGAUGGCACCGUACAAUACCCGAUUACUUUACCUCGUGAACCGUGUGGUGGUAAAGAUAUGGCACCAGGUGUCAGAAACUAUGGAGAACGCCACAAACAUCUGCACAGAUAUGAUGUUUUCUGCUUUUCUUCUGCUCUUAAAGGUAAAGUUUACUUUCUAGAGCAUCCUGAUAAGUUGAAUUUUGAUGAAGCUAAAGCAGCUUGCGUAGAGGAUGGAGCUCAAAUUGCAAAAGUGGGACAGCUUUUUGCCGCAUGGAAAUUUCUUGACCUUGAUCGAUGUGACGCAGCAUGGCUUGAUGAUGGCAGUGUCAGAUAUCCCAUUGCCUUCCCCCGUCCUAAUUGUGGACCCCCUGAACCUGGUGUCCGAAGCUUUGGUUUCCCAGGAAGACACAAGAAAUUUGGAGUAUUUUGCUAUAAGAUGAGUUAAAUACAGCAAAUCUGUCUGCCAUAAUGACAGCGUAAUCAGAAACUUUGCACAGAAUCUAUUCACAUGGGCAGGUUACUCUUUAGAAUGUACCUGGCACAAAAAGAAGGGAAUUUUUUUUUAAAAAAUAUAAAAACUUGUGUCCAUGUUAACGACUACAGCAUUUAUAUGCAAAUAUAUAAACCAUUGUGCUGUAUAACAGCCAUAGACUAGUGCCAUAAUGUCAUGUAAUUGUGCUCUGUUUAAUGGAACAUAUAUUUUUAUGUUAUACUAUAAUGUUUUAUUAACAAAUAUGAUUAAACAUGGCAAGAAAACUUAAUCGUGGGAGGAAGCUAAAAGAUAUAUAUUUGAUAAGUAAGAAAUUGGUGCUAUUAAUUUACUUAAUUUAUGUAUAUUUGUUAAAAACUUUGAGAGAAAUAUCAGUGACAGACAGUUAGCCUAUAGUAAUACUGUAGUAAUUUUGUGCAUACUAAUGUUAGCUAUUUUAUUUUAAAGAUCAUGUAAAGUAUUUGCAUACUGUACCAAAGACAUUGACUUGCCAGGUCUAUGAGAUAUUUAAAAUGCUCAGUUAUGCUUCCAUCAUUUUUUUUAAAUGUAUUGUGAUUUUUUUUCUUCCCUUUAAAGGGAAAUUGUACUCAGGCAAACAGCUGAGAAGAGUUAAUUGUAUUCAAGUAUGCUAGAGGAAACCCCUUUCAACUUGGCUAGGUUUUCUCUUUCUUUCCAACUCCUUCUAUGUGGUUGAUUUAUUUUGCUGCCUCCUGUUUACAUAACUUUUAUAUAGCCAGUACUGGUGUAAGGAAAUUUAGGUAAGCAGCUGAGCAGAGUUCAUUGUAUUUAAAUAUGCUACAGAAACACAAGCUACUUCAAAUAGCAACAUAAAGAAAAAUUAGCUAUUUAUAAACAAUUGCAUACAAUUCAGCAGGUUAAACUUGAUCCUUGGGAUCACAUUAAAGGGAAAAACAUUUUUACAGUACAAUGUCCCCUUUAAAUAUUUAUCUUCAGAUGUUGCAUAAAGAAGACACAGAUCAACAACAGAAACAUAGUACAGAUAUGAAUUCUCCUUAGGCUUGUUGCUUACAGUGUAUUGGGGGAAUAACCCAUUAUGGAAUUUAGUGUUGUCAUCAAUUCACUUCAACAGUGGGAUUUUACUGUUACAUCUUCCAACCUUAUAGAUUAAAAGAUAUUGCCCCCUAGCUGUCAUGCCAGGAUAUUGUAAUUCGUUAUGAAAACAUCUCAAAGGAAUGAAUAUUCUAUGAAGAACUUAAAGGGAUAUUAAACUCAACUCUUUAUUUAUGUGUCAGAAAUUGCACAUUGCAUUUCAAAAGAAGUGCUUGCUGGCAUUUGGUUAGAAAAAUAUUCUCUGUUUUGCAGGUCUUGGACACACCCAUUGAAAAGCUCUUGAAUAUUGUUUAACUUGAUUCCUUUAGUUUAAUUUUGACUUUACUGUCCCUUUAAUAGACUGUAUGUGGUGAUCGCAGGUAGUAGGAUGUGGUUUUGUGGGCAAUAAUUUUCCCAUCAAACAUACAGUUAUUUUGUCAAGUAAUCAAAAAUCCUACUUGAUACAAAAUCAAUAUCUGUGUACUUUAGUCAUGCCAAACAUAACUGUAACAAGCUUUGUAAAAUAAAAGAUGGUAUUGUACAAUUUGGAAGUAUGACAGAACAACUAUUGAUUAAUUGAUUGUGCAGUCAUGCACAUCCCGUCUGCCCAAAGGACUCUUCUUCUAAAUGUAGUUGUAUCGUUAAGGUUGUUAAAUAUAUAUUCAGUUUAAAUUGAUGGAUGAAAAAUGUUAUCACUCUAGAUCUAAAACUUGUGUACUCAAAAAUAUUCUGCCAUCAAUUUAAAAAAAUAAUAAAUGUCAAAUAAAAGUAUUUUUUUUUUACAUGAAAAUGACGUAUGCAAUAUUAUAUUUAUUUUGUAGGAUAUAAGAUUUAUUUUGUAGAGUAUUAGAUUUAUUUUGCAAUAUCAGUUCUGCACUUUUAGCUAGUUAUGAAGUGUGACAGGUAUGCAUAGGAGUUAGACUUUAUCUGACCAAUCAAAUAUUUCUAAACCGCAUAUUGAUGUAAAUAAAAUGUCUGCAAAGUUGUGCUUAGACUUCAACAAAAUAGAAAA